AAGUGACGAGACGUCCACACCUAAACCUGCUCGUGGUAAUGUAUUUGUACAUUUGUGACGAAAAUAAGGAAGAUAAUUCAGUUAAUACGACGUUAAGUUACGUAACAGGGAAUUCUUAAGUGUUUGUAGAAAGCGUUUGGAAAUAAAAGUGCUGAACCUGAACACUGGCUGAACAAACACGAGCAAGUAAGUCAGCUGUCUGACAGCCGAACAAGGAAUCAACAGAAUGGCCUCCAGUGCAUCGCAAUCUGAGGUGGACUGUACCUGCCCUGUGUGCUAUGAUAUAUUUACGGAUCCUGUGCUCUUGUUGUGCGGUCACAGCUUCUGUAAGGACUGUCUUCAGCAGUGGUGGAGACAGAGUAGACUCCAGACAUGCCCGGUCUGUAAGGAAAUGUUUCUGAUGGCUCAGCCUCCACGUAAUCUGGCACUGAGAAACCUGUCUGACACCUUGAGACGAGAGAGGAGUCAGAGAGCGAACUCAGGGUCUGAGGAGAUGUGCAGUCUGCACGGUGAGAGGCUGAAGCUCUUCUGUCAGGAUGAUCAACAGCUCAUCUGCCUGAUUUGUCGAGAUUCACAAAACCAUAAGAAACACAACUGUGUCCCCAUCAACGAAGCAGCAGAAGCCCUUAGGGCCAAACUCAACAGUAAGGAACUGUGUUUAAUAAUCAAACUGGGGUGGUUUCAAGCACAAAAACUCAACAAUGACAAAAUGGCCGGUCACAUCAAGCUCCAGGCUCAGCAGACUGAGAGGACGAUCAAAGAGGAGUUUCUGAAGCUUUACCAGUUCCUGCGAGCAGAGGAGGCUGCCAGGAUUGAUGCAGUGAGGAAAGAGGCGACGCUCAAGAGUGAAGCGAUGAACAUCAGGAUUGUUAAUCUGACUGCAGAGAUCUCCUCGCUUGAAGACAGAAUCAGAACC